AUGGCACCCCUCACGCCCGCCCAACUCCUCGGCCUCACCGUGGCCUCCCGCCUCACCUCGCUCCUCUCCCUGCUCGGCAGCGUCUUCAUCGCCGCCACGUACAUGUGCAGCGCGGCGUUCCGCACGCCCAAGACGCGGCUCAUUUUCUACGCGACGGCGGGCAACGUGCUGACCAACGCCGCGACGAUCGUGAGCGUGGCGGCGCUGCCGGAGCAGGGGAGGGAGGCAGGCGGGUGGUGUCGCGCGCAGGCGGCGGUGGUGCAGUGGGGGCUGUGUGCGGACUUUUGCUGGGUGUUCUGCAUGGCGCUGAACGUCUGGUUCAUCUUCAUGCGCAGGCGGGACAGCGGGCGCGACCUGCGCCGCCUCGACAAGUGGUAUGCGCUGGGCUCGUACGGGCUGCCUGCGCUGCCGGCGGUGGCGUACUUGGUGCACGACACGUGCCGUGCUGGGGAGGACAUCAUCGGCGACGCCAUCAUCUGGUGCUGGGUGCGUCCAGAGUACGACUGGAUGCGCAUCGCGUUCUUCUACGCGCCGAUGUGGAUCCUGGCGGUGGCGACGACGACGAUCCACGUCCGCGUCGGCAUCAAGAUCUACAAGGUCAAGAUGGAGCUGCGCCAGGUGCUGCAGAAGUCGCGGGCCAACCUCGAGGCCACCCCGGGAUCAGUGUGGCCCGACGUGCGCCCCUCCGGACGGCACAUCACAGCCACCAGCGACAUCGCGUACGCUCCCACCGCGGCCACCCCGUCCACGAGCACGAACUCGCUAACCCCCUUGUUCCCCAGCACGCAGACCUCUGAUGCCCCCACCCCAGCUUCCCGGCCGCCCAGCCGCCUCCGCCCACUGGCUGCCCUGCACCCACGCAGCGCGCGCCGCCAUGCAACCCGCCUUCCCACCACCCGCUGCCGCGCCACCGCCUACGCCACGCCCCUGGUCCCCAGCACCUUCUCUUCACCCCCCUCGCAGGCUAUCCUCAGCCCCGGCGAGCACGCGGCCUUCUCCCAGCACCGCAGCGACACCGCAGACACAUACGCGUACUUCAAGGUCUCCUUCCUCCUCUUCAUCGCGCUCAUCGUCGUCUGGGGCCCCUCGAGCAUCAACCGCCUCGUCUCGAUCAUCCCGCCGCACCGCACCGUGUACGGGCUCAACCUAGCUUCCGCGCUCGUGCUGCCGAUGCAGGGCCUGUGGAACGCGCUGAUCUACGCGCAGGCGACGUGGGGCGAGGUCAAGAAGGUGUACGCCCGCGCGAUGCUGUGGGUCGGCCGCGUGGUGUUCAGGACGCCGGUGGUGCAGCCUGAGCGCCCCGUGUGGGCGGCGCAGCCGAUUCGGCCGGUGGCUAGGCAGGCGCGUAAGAGGGAGGAGAGGGAGAGGGAGAGUGAGAGUGGUGGUAGCGAGGCCAUUGAGCUCGCGGAGUUUUUCAGGCAAGAGCGCGCUAGUGUUGACUCUGUGCUGAGUGUGUGA